AUGAUGCUUUCCUCUGUUGGUCGGUUGACACGGACAGUGAAAACAUCGCUCCAAACGUACCAUAACCUACGGUGUAUCCAUUUCGGAUCUAGUCUGUAUGCCGGUCACUCGAAAUGGCAAAACAUUCGGCACGUGAAGGCGUUAAACGAUGGGCGAAAGUCGGUAUUAUUUAUUAAACUAGCUAGACAAAUUCGGCUUGCUGUGCAAGCUGGAGGUCCCAAUCCCGCCGUUAACAAUGUGCUACGGGCAUCGAUUGAUGAAGCGCUGAAGAAAAACAUGCCCAACGCUACUAUUCAGGGCAUCUUGAAGAAGUGUACUACACAGUCGUUAGAACUGAAGAAACAUAUGCUCGAGAUUAAGGCACUCGAUCAGGUGAAUGUAAUCUGCGUUCUGUACACGGAUCGAUUCACCCAGCUGAAGAUGGAGAUGGCAACAAUUUUGAGGAAAAAUUUUGCCCUUUUCAUCGGCACCAUGCACGCAUUUGACGAAAGAGGAUUUGUUGAAGCGAUUGCUCCGCCUGAGUUGAAAGGUGACGAUUUGCUUUCCGUGUGUACCGAUCACGCUAUCGAAACUGGAGCCGAAGAUAUCGAAGUGAUGGAUGAAAACAGUCGACUGAUAAGGUUUUUAUGCGAUCCGCGAGAUUUAGAUAAGGUGAAGAAGGAGCUUGAAAAAUUGAGCUAUUCCGUGGAGCACAGCGAACACGCCUUUUUCCCCAAAUCCACCAUCAAACUAAAUCCUGAAGCGUUAGAAGCGUACGAAAAAUUAAAAGAAAAGCUAAAAGCAAUUGAAGGUGUGGAGGACAUCUACGACAACGUGGAAAUGAACGAGUAG